AUGGCGCCUUUCCCCAGAACAUGCAAUGUAGUGUGUCUCCUGGGCUGUACAUCAUUGCUGGAAAAGGCUUUUUCCUCUAAUAAGGCAUUUCACUUGUGGGUGCAGCCCAAAGCACACAGCAAGGAGGAAAUGAUUUCCCAGUUGGUCCUGGAGCAGUUUCUGAUGAACAAGCACUGCAAGAAAAGGUCCAUUUUGAGAGAAGGGUGGAAUUCAUGUGGCAGAAACCUGGAGAAGAUCAUGGAAGACCUGGCAAAUGACUGCAUAGAGCCACCUGGCUAUGUCCACAUCUGCAUGCAGGGACAGGAAGCCCUCUUUAUGGAGACUAUACCCUUAAGAGACGUCAUUGUUCACCUCACAAAACAGUUGUCAACAGGUACCCCAACUGGGAAGAACAUGGUGACUUCCAUUGGGACUCUCCAAGAUCCUUCCACACAAACAGGAUGUGGAGGGAUUAUCCAGGAAGAGAACUGUGCCAAACCUGAAAAGGACAACCCAGAAAGUUCUGGAAGAGUAAGCCUAGGCACUUCUGGGUCCCAGGAAAGAGUCCUGGGAGUAGCCUCUCAUCAAGAUGUGCCUAUAGAGGUGGAACCAGGAUUUAUCUCCAGGCCAGAUCAAGCCACCUCUGAGCCUGCCCCCACCCACCAGAGCAAUGAGGGGAAGUCCCCAGGUGGGGGACACCAAGAGAGAUUUCACAAGACCCCAAAACCACACAGAUGUGAGGACUGUCCCAGGACCUUUAGAUAUCUCUCUCAGUUAGAAGCCCACCAGAGAAGACAGAGAAAUGAGAAGCCAUUUGUUUCUUCUGUGUGCCACAAGGGCUUCUUCCAGACUUCAGACCUGCGAGUGCACCAAGUGAUUCAUGAGAGGAAAAGGCCUUUCCCGUGCAGCAAGUGUGACAAGUUCUUCAGCCACAGAACCAACUUACGGGCUCACGAGAAAAUCCACACAGGAGAGAAGCCGUACCUGUGUUUCCUUUGUGGGAGUAGCUACAGACAGUCAUCCACGUACCACCAUCCUGUGAGGACUCAACAGAAUAUUAUGCUCAAAAGAGUUCUCUACACAACAAAAGCUUCCUAA